AUGCCAAACACAUCUGCUGGUAUGGUGAUCGGCAAAUCUGGUGCUAAUAUCAAGGAUAUCCGUGAGACAUAUGGUUGUCAGAUUCAGGUGUUUCCUAAAGCGGGCUCACCUGAAGCACAGAACUCGCUAGAGCGAAUUGUUACACUGGCGCAUGAGGAUCACGCGCAAUUAAUCCAAGCCACUUGCCGUGUGCUAGAAAGAGUUGUUGCGGAUCCUCAUCAUGGCAGCGAAAUCAGUAAAGAAGAUUAUGGUGCAAAAGGAGGACCACUGCUGUCUUUCCUCGACAAUCUUCAGUCAACUCUUCGCUCGUCUGGCUUCAAUGAAGCCAGCGUUGCAGAAGUAAUGCAGGCUAUGCAGGUUCUCGCCAAGUACAAUAUUAUGGGCCUUGGUCUCGGUCUGGGCGUGGCAGCAAUGGCACAAAUGCGGUCUGCUCAAGAAACGACCCCGCAGACUAAUCACGGUGUUGCUGGAUUCGGUGAUCAGAGUGGACAUAUUGGUGGUGGAGAUGUGCCUACCUCUGUCAAUCUGCUACUGGUGGAUGUGUUGAGGAGUCAGUCAGGAGCUGCAGCAAAUGGCGAGAAUUUUGCAGCGUCCGUGAUGGUCGAACGUAACAUUACCAGCGAUUCAGUUGAGCUAGAGGUUCCGGACAGUGUUGUUGGGGCAGUGUUGGGUCCAAAGGCGAAAACACUGCAGGAAAUUCAGUUCUAUAGCGGAUGUAAAGUACAAGUGUUCAAGAGGGAUGCGAAGGCAGAUGUACCAGCUGGAACAAGGCUUAUCAGUUUGACUGGCGAUGAAAAAAAUAUGCGUAUGUGCAGAUUGAUGAUAGAACGUGUGGUCAAUGAAGCACAGGAGCGCAGGGUGGGGAAACGAGAAAUCUAG